UCACCAUUAUCUCUAAGAUAAUAUUAUAGUAUAACUUAUAAGAGGAAAUAGUUUAUUGAUAAAUAUAAAAGUGUAAAAUGAAAUUAUGCGAUUACGAAUACGUAAAACUCGUAUUUAUUUUAUGUAGGUACCUCUCUUAUUGAAGUCAACAGAGAACAAAAUAUAUUCAAAAAGAACUAUCAAAACCCUUGGACAGAUACCAACUUGCUUAGUUAGAUGUUUAAAACUUCUCUAUUUGAUCUCCAAUAAUUGUUAGUUUUAUAUGAAAAAUUGGUUGAUAUAAAUUAUGGAUGAUAGUGAAGUAAGCUAUGAGCCAAUGGAUGUAGACUUGAGUUCUCAUUCUAUAAGUGCAAUGGAGAUUUCAUAUGUGGAUCGAAAUUUUGAACAUUCACCAAUAAUCAUAAAAAAGGAAAAAGAUGAAGAUGUUGUUGAACAAGAGAAAUAUAUUAACAUAAAGCCUCUGACUAUUAAUAACUUAAUUGAAAAUCAUACAUUAACUCAUAAAAGAAAUCGUGCCUAUUCAAAAUUUAUGAUAAAAUUUAUUGUGUGUGUAAUUGUGGUACUGUUUUCUGCUGUUACUUAUCAAAUAGUGUAUUUUAGAUGUAACGACAGCCUUGAUCUAAAUGUAAUUAGCAAUACUUUAGUAACUAAAGUAUAUGGACAAACCAAAGCAACGUCAUCAUUAUUAAAGGCACUUGAAAAUGAAACAGCGAACAAAAUUAUAAUAUUAUUUGGAGGUACAGGAGUUGGUAAGACAUAUACAGUGUCAUUAAUACUUGAUAACAUACUUAAUUAUGGAAACAUUUAUCACUAUACAAUGCCAGGAUUUUCACAGACAUCAUCAGAUUUUAUGUUGGGUCUAAUAUAUUGCGAGUCAUCUGUAAUAGUGGUGGAUGAUUUAAAUAAAAAUGAUAUUUUAACUGUACAAGAUCACAUAAAGAGUUUGGUUAAUAAAAGCAUAAAGUAUGCCAAAACAUUAACCAUUAUUUUGAUCUAUAAUUGUGAUACUAUGGGUGAUCAAUUUUACCGAAGAUGUGAUGAUACAUUUCUAUACAAUUUAAAACAUAGUUUAGCAACUAUUGAAGCUGAAAAAUUUUUCAUUAAAUUUGAAUCUUUGACCGAAGAACAUUUGAGAAAAUGUAUUGAAAGUGAACUGACAAACAAAAAGCUUAGUGAUUCAGAUCUUGUUGAAAUUAUCAAAAACUUUAAUGUUACAAUUGAUGGUUGCAAAGGUGUCUACCAAAAGAUGAAAUACUUAAGCAUAAUUUAAUUGUAAGGUAUGUCAUUGAUAAAAAUAAAUUUGUGAUU